AUGGCUCCUGUUCAAAACACCAAAACCGUGGUAGUGCAGCCUACUAGUGCACUCGACAAAAUCAAGAAAUCAAUUGAGGAUAAGGACUGGAAAUUCUACUGUGCUCUUGCAGCUGGGUUAACCCUUGCAGGAGCAGGUGCUUAUUAUUUAACUUAUGGUGGUGCUAGCAGCAAGAAAGGCAAAAAGAAGCCGUCUGCUAAAAAGAAUACAUCAGACAACCGCGAUACCAAAGAAACCCCCAUAGCAUCUACACUCGCAGAAAAGACAACUACGUCUGCCCCAACCUCAACAACUGACGCGACAGCGGCAGCAGCAACAGCAACUACUGAUGCUACCACUGUACCCGAUUAUAUUAGCAUGUCAGAAGCAGAAAUCGCUGCCUUGACUACUGAAAAACGUGCUGAAGCAGCUCAAUCUUUGAAAGCCAAAGGCAAUGCGAAGUUCAGCAGCAAGGCUUAUGAAGAAGCAGCAGAACUUUACACGUUAGCGCUCAAAUUCAAAGCCGAUCCCAUUUUCUUUGCCAAUCGUGCUGCUUGUUAUGCUAAUUUAGGAUUCAACGAUCGUGUUAUCGAGGACUGUAAUGAAGCACUUCGUUUAGAUCCCGUUUAUGUCAAGGCUUUGAACAGACGUGCUUACGCUUUAGAAAAGAAGGGCGAGUUGGAAGAUGCUCUUUAUGAUUUCACUUGCGUUUGCAUUCUUGAUUCCUUCAAAAAUGAUGCUGCUAGUCAAGCUAUGGAACGUGUAUUGAAGCUUGUCUCAGAAAAGAAGGCAAAAGAAAUUAUGAAGACGAAAAAGCCUCGCUUGCCAUCUCCUACAUUCGUUAAUGCCUACCUUGAUUCUUUCCGUCCUGUUGUACAAGAUUUAGCAAGUAUUGCUGAUGAAGAAACCGGUGACGCUUAUUAUGCUAAGGCUUAUCGUGCUAUUGCUGAAAAGGAUUAUAACAGCGCCUUAGAAGCAUGCGAAAAGGCUGUUGAAUUGGGCUGUUCAAAGGCAUAUCAAGCCUACGCCUUGAAUUUGAUGGGUACAUUUGCUUUCUUGAAGGGCAAUACUUCUCAAGCCCUUGAUUAUUUCAAUAAGGCAAUUGAAGCCGAUCCUAAAUACGUUCAAAGUUAUAUCAAAAGAUCCAGUAUCUAUAUGGAACAAGGCGAUGUUGAAAGCACCUUUAAACAAUUUGACGAAGCCAUUGCUAUCAACCCCAGCGAUCCUGAUAUCUAUUACCACCGCGGUCAAGUCAAUUACAUAAGCGGCAACUAUGAUGCUGCUGCCAAAGAUUAUAGUGAAAGCAUCAAACUCGAUGAUUCCUUUGUCUAUGCUCACAUUCAAUUGGGAGUUGUUCAAUACAAGUUAGGCUCUGUUUCAUCCUCCAUGUCUACAUUCAAAAACACACUCAAGAAAUUUGCCAACAGCACCGAUGUUCACAACUAUUACGGUGAACUUUUAGUGGACCAACAAAAAUUACCUGAAGCCAUCGAAAUGUUCGGUAAAGCCAUGACAUUAGACCCCAAGAACCCCCUUCCUUACAUCAAUAAGGCUAUGCUAAUGUAUCAAGUGAUGGGUGAUGUUGAAGAGGCCACACAAUUGUGUAAAAACGCUCUAGAGAUGGAUCCGGCUUGUGAUGCGGCCGUAGCUUCACUUGCUCAAAUUCUUUUGGAACAAGGAAAGCCAGAAGAAGCCCUCCAGUAUUAUGAAAUGGCUAUUGAUUUGGCCAGAACAGAAGCUGAGUUGGAACAUGCAAUCUCAUAUGUUGAAGCUACAAAGACACAAACCAAAUUUGCAAAGGAUUUCCCUGAUGCUGCUGCCAAAUUGAGAGCUUUAAGAGCUUAA